CAUAAUUCUUCUAACAGUUUCGUCUACAUACUAAAUACUUCCAUGAAUUCUUAUUAUCUUCUUCCUAUUUAUUUACAGUUCUUAUAAAAUAAAAUGAAAUAAACACUAUACCGUUUCCAUCUCUCAAGACGCAGAUAGAACUGACAACUUCAAUCUACACCAUAACCUACGGUACUUUUUGAGCUCCCUGUUUUGUUCAAAUCUCACUUUAAUCGUAUGGAAUGAGUACUUUGGAAGCCAUCUAUUUAAUUGAUAUCUAUGGAUCGGUCCUGCUUCAAAUUGAAUCCAGAGGUAGAAUAUCGUCAGUGACUUCAGAGUUUAUAAAGAGUGAAAUAUCAAAAAGCAAGUUAAGAAAUGAAGAACCUCCUUUUAUCAUCUAUCACAUGAAUUACCUCGUAUUUCAACAAUUGCAGGAUGAUGUUCGAAUAUGUAUACCAGUAACCUGCGAUACAGAACCUCUUUACAUACAUGAUGUGAUGAGACGGAUUAUAGAAGUAGUAAAGACUUAUUUUGGAAGCUUCCAGUCAUCCAUAAUUGAAAAACACACCUCUUUAAUUGCACAGCUUCUGAUAGAGAUGAUUGAUUAUGGGUAUGCAAUGAAUAUGGAGCCUAAUGCUUUGCAAGACGUUAUUCCCACUCCAAGUUUAAUGAAAAAAUUUAUGGAAGUUACUGGUCUUCAACCUAAUACACCUUCUGUUCACAAAAAUACAGUGCCCUGGCGAACCUCCAAAGCCCGUUAUACUAACAAUGAGUUUUUUAUCCGUAUUAUAGAGCGUGUUUUUGCUGUAUAUGAAGGUAAUAAUCAACUUGCAUUUGGUUUUAUGAAAGUUGACGUUGAAUGUAAAAGUCAGUUGUCUGGAAUUCCUGAGCUUUUACUAUAUUUGACGCCUGGAUCAACUAUGGAAAGUGCAAAGUUUCAUAACUGUAUUAAUUUAAAACGAUGGAAAGACCAUCCUCUCCAAUUGCAGUUCAUACCGCCAGAAGGAAAGUUCAUCCUUGCAUCCUUUCACGCAGAUUUAUUUAAACAAAAAUCUUUGCCUCUUAGUGUAGAAGCGAGGAAUAUGAAUGAUGGAAAUUUUGAAAUUCGCAUACGGAACACAGGGAAAAAACCCAUUGAAAAUCUGGAAAUAAGAGUUCCUUUGCCUGUGUCUUUAAGCAGCGUUUCCGCCACCCAUGGUGACUAUUUAUUUCGUCCAUCAAAAGGUUUAAACGAUGAAGGUACUGUACUAGAAUGGACUAUAAAAAAAAUUGAAUGGACUUCCCCAGCCUAUACUUUGAAGGGUGCCCUAAACAAAAAAAAGGGACUAUCUAUCAGUGAUACUAGUUCUGAAAAGGAAGUGUACCCAAAACUUGAGCAUCUGACUCUUCAUUACAAAUAUCCACUCUCCAUCCUUUCUCAUUUUAAGGUUGAAUCUCUCAAAGUUGUAAAUCGUCCGGAUAUGAAGCCUUUUAAAGGCGUAAAGCAUAGUGUAAUAGCCCAAGAUGUUUCUGUUCGCUUUAAAUAACCUACUUAGAAAUGUUUUCAUGAUCGUUCUUAGAUGCUGAUUACUAAUGUACACUCUUUAUCUUCAUAAUAUAUACUGAGUUUAACUAGUAUAAAUAUAAC